UUAAAAUAAUUAAAAAAUAAUAAAAAAUACUAGAAAGAUAUGCAAAAAUUAUAAAAAUUAGAUUUCUUUUCAUAGCAAUUUUCAUUUUUUGUGGGGCUAUAAAAGAAAAAGAAAACAAUAGAAGGAGGCUUGUAUACUAUUGCGGCUUUUGGUUUAUCUUUAGGUUAUCUCAUUUAUCUUCUUGUUUUAUUUUAUGAUAACAAGUUUCUUCCCAAAAUUACUACUAAAAUAAAAAAUUAAACAACUUUAUAGGAUAUUUAGCUAAGUUAGAGUGUCUUUGGAUUUACCUUUAGCAGCUAAGGAUUGACUUUGUAAUAAUUAGAAUAAUCUACAGGCAAGCAAUAUCUCACUUUUAAAGCUUAAUACUCUUAUAUUUCUUUAUAAAAUUAAAAUUAUAUUGAUCUUCCUAUUACUAAUUGUCCUGAUUAAAAUUUCUCAGGUUACUUGUGCCUUGAUAUUAAUAAUAUGACUGAUACCCAAAAAACUCUGACUAUUGAUCCUACUACAUAAGCUAUGUCAUAAUAUACAUUAACAGUUUAGCCUUGUACAGGAUUACCAACAUGUGCUAGUCCUGAUGAAAUAAAAAAGUAUAUAAUAGACAACAAUUUCUAGUUUUAUAUGAAAAUUAGAAUUGUUCAGUAUAAUGAGUAAUCUUAAAAAUAUGAAUAAGGAUACUAAAUAGAAUUAGUUUAAUUUGAUGAUAGUUUACCAUUUUAGAAUUAAUACUAGUUAACUUAGUCAGUAACUACAGUUAAUCAAGGUUUCCUUUUCUAAAAUACAUCAGUCUCAAAGUUUAUAUCUGGUUAUUAGAAAUCCUCAUUAUACUAUUCCCCAAAUAAUUUACUUUAAAAGGCAGGAUUCACAGGAUACGCUUAAUUUUUGUUCUUCUUACAACAAAACUAAGAGAUAAAUCAUAUUCAAUACCCACUUAUUACAGAAGCUUUGGCUCAAUUUAUGCCUGUAUUAAUAAAAGUGAUAAUAAAAAUCAGAUUAACCAGCUAAAUGAAAUAAAUAAAAAGAUUGAUAAAAAUGUACUUUAUGAUCGAUGAAAAUGAAUUUAAAAAUGAAGGAAAGUCAAAGUUUUAAUCAAAUUUUUUUCAAUUCUACAAGCAAUACUUCUUUGGUAAAAUAAUAAAAUAAACUUCUCAAAGGGAUAAACUCUAUCAAAAGAUGUGCGAAUUUACUAAAAAAUCAAUCGAUAUUUACUAAUUAUACAGAAAUAUGAUGAAGGUUAAUAUGGCAAUAAAAUUGCUUAUGAGCAAAGAAUAAUACGCAGCUUUGUAAUAUUGUGGAUGCGAAAUGGAUUUAGAUUAAUUAAAUUUUGAGAAAAACUCUCCUUUGUGUCUUAACAAUAAUUAAAAUCUAAUUUAUAAAAAUUAAGAAAUCUUAGAUAAAUAACAAAGUAAUAACAACUAAAUUACUUAACCUAUUAUAUAUAAUGCUUAACUUUAAGACUUAGAAGAAGGUAAAAAUAAAAAAAUAGUUCAUAAAAACGAUGAAGCAUAUUUAAAUUAGAUUGCUGCUAUUGACAGUGAUUUACCUUUAUAAAGGUAGGUAAACAAUAGCUAUAUAUAACAAAUGUCAAAAAACAAAGAGUAUUAGCUAUCCUUAAGAAAGAAUGAUAACCACUCAACCAAUUGCGAGAUGCCAUCUUUAUCAAAUUCAAAUUAAACAAGCAAUCAUCUUCAAUAAUAGGAAGAAAUUCUUACUAAUAAACACAUACAGCAGUUAUAUUUAAAGAAAUUUAUUGACAAGAUUAAUAGGAAUUAAGAAAUAACGCAAGUUGAUUUAAACAUCUAUUCAUCCCUUUUAGGAUCAGAAUCAAGGUUUAGCUGA